CUCAUCUCAGUGGUCUGCUCAUGCCAUGCUUGAGCUACCACAGAACCCUACUUGUUGUCCUUGAUAGGCAGUUUGGCCACCUCUCGGCAUCGAAGAUGAAGAUUGGCAAGGGCACGGAGCUCCUGAAGAAGGUGGCUGAGACAUGCAGGAACAAGACCAGCGUGGUGGCAGCCAGGCUCCUCGUCCUCGUGUCCCUCCGCCGCCGGAUGGCCACUGUCGGCGCCUUCUCCCACAGUAUCCAUGCGCUUGUGGCUGCCGCUGACCGGGAGAAUGGUGCCAGGGUGGACUGCAACAAGGCUCUCGUGGUGCGCACGGUCCAGAAGACGCCAGCGCUCCAUGGUGGUGAGAUUGUUGUUAAUAUCUCUCAUCAACUCGCACUGUUUGAUCAAGGGAAUGAUGGUGAUGGUGGCUGCACUGAUUGGACACUACACCCCAUCUUCAAUGACGAUGAACACAACUGUUGUUACACCAAUGAUUGCGAGGUGGACGACGAUGAAGAUGACGGUGAUGUGCUACUCGAUGAGUGUGAUGAAGACGUCGACGACCAACCGUCGGUCAUGGAUGUAAUCCGGAAUAACCGAGAGGCACAGGGUUUGGAGUUCAGCAUUGACAACGAAAUAGAUCAGGCUGCUGACAUGUUCAUCACAAGGUUCCGGAAGCGGAUGAAUCAGAGCUUCUAGUGAUCUUGUGAGCUCAUAUCUAUCUGUUUGUAUGACAAAGUCUGAAGCGUACGUAUACCGAGCUAUCAGUUGCUAAUAGAGGUACGGUAGAUGGUGGGUGUGAGCUAGACUUGUAUACCGUAUUCAGGUAGGGAGAAAAGGAGAUGGACAUAGGUUGUCUGCCGGAGAAUAGACAUUAUUUUUAGUUAGCUGUACGUGCAUGCUUAUUUAGCAAGUGUGGAUGAUAGCACACCUAGCCAAGUGUGGAUGAUGGCACACCUAGGAAGGAUCUUUCACUAGCUUGUUCAGUAGCAUUGUUUCUAAUAUCUUGUACUACAAGAUUGCUUCAUAUGUUCUCAACUUUGGUUGCAUGCCAUUGUUAAAAUAGAUUGCCAUUUUUUGCAAAUAAAGUUGAUCUUUAUCUCAUGCUUGAAUUUAUAGGUGAUGGAAGUGCACCCUAUCUUAAUAGGGUGAGCAUUGAUGAUGCCACAAGGAGGGAAAAUGUCAACCCCGACAAUGAAGAUGACAUUCUGAUGGGGAAUGAUUCAGCUCCAAGAGAGACAACUUGGAAAGGUCAAUAGCAUGAUCUGCAUUUUGUUAAUUGUGUUUAAUUUUUUUUGUAUGGACAUUAUGAUGCUUUUAGAGAGGAAAAUUUUAAAUAAAAAAUGUAUUAAUUCUAUUUAAAGUUAAAAUUGUGCUAAUUCUGUUUGUUAUGCCUUGUUAGCUUUUACUUGAUUUUGUUAUGCAUUAAGAGUAAAA